AUGCCUUCCAGUUCAGCGCUCUCCGAGUACACAUUCAAAAAUUUGGGUCCUCUCAUCACUACCUGGAAAGCGCCUCCAAGCUGUGCAACUGCGACCGACCACGUUAAAAUAGGCUCUAGUGCCGAUGUGAGUGAGAUCUAUUGGGAUAGCAACUGCACACAUGCAGAAUACAACUGUAUCCCGACAGGGACCUCUGCCAAACGGUCAUCUAUAACAGGCUCAAAUCCUGCAAAUCUUUGGCAGGAGUCAUACUUCUCGCCCGGACUCUAUUGUCCAAGCGGAUGGACCACUGCUGGUAUUGCAUCGCGUGAUGGAGCAAACCCAGUAAACUCAUCGGGUGCCUUUGUUCCCACGCCGGCAAUCUCAACGAGCCUGGAAUAUCCUAUCAUCAACCCGCCUGCAAAUGUAUUGAUGCAGAUUUUGGAUCCGAGUGAGACGGCCGCACUAUGUUGUCCAAGUUCUAUGACAGCGAACUCGAACAUUGGAUGCUGCUCCACUCUUCCCGAGUACAAAAUAUCAACAGGUUGCAAGAACAUUAUUCCAAAUGAAGAUUUGGCGAAUAUCACGAGGACUUUCUGGUAUUAUGGGGUCACUGCAGUCGGUGAGGUCAAGAAUCUCGUCUCUACAGCACCUAUAACAAGUACCAGCUACAUCACUUGGCACGCGAACGCGACCUCACAGCUUCAAGCCUAUUCUGUCGUGCCGAUAGUGACGCUUGUACAUCAGACUUCCGAUGUAAAGGCUGCAGGAACAGGGCCCGCAUCAACUGAUUCAGAGGCUACAGGUAAUUCGGCAAAGAGGACAGCUCUCGUUCCCAAUGUUUGGGAUGGCAUUGGUGCUAUUUUUGCCAUCGCUUUGUUGGGGAUAGCCCUUGGUGCUGUCAUAAUUUUGCCUGUGUAG